AGAGAAGAUGUAUACUUGUUAGACAAAUUAUGAAUUAGCUUAUGUUUCUUGGCUUGCUUCGCUAUCCCAUCUACUGUGCUGCACGAGGCUGAGAGUCUGGUCAGUGUCUGGUGGCGGCCCUAGUUGCGCGGCCGGAAUUGCUAUCGCAUCCGCCCAGUUGUACGAGUACAACCACCGCAUUCCGAAGGUUGACGACGUUCAUCGACGACUCUACGAACAGUUUCUCUCUCAACAAUAUCCAUAGUACUGUAGCCAACACUUGUUAGCAGAUCACUGACAGAGGGAGCACUAUGGCCGUUAAGUCGCUGCCGUUUCAGCUGCGUGCUAAUAGCUUUGAUUUGGCCGAGCUCGACUCCAUUCACAUCUCCCUAGACGCCCCUGGGCAGUUCGUGAAAUACACUGCCAAAGAACAUGCUCUCAAGGUAGCAAAGCACCUCGGCGUGCAAAAGGGCCUCAUCUACCUCCUCGGGACCCAAUCCGCCUCCGCCGAGGACUCCGACCGCGAGCUCCCCUUCCGGCAACGCCGCUACUUCUACUACCUCAGCGGCGUCGACUUCCCCGACUGCUCCCUAACCUACGACAUCGAGACCACCAAGCUAACCCUCUACAUCCCCGCCCCCGAGCCCUCCAAAAUCAUAUGGCUAGGCCCAACACCAAGCAUCCAGGAGUGUCUAGACAAGUAUGAAGUAGACCAGGUGAGCUACACAUGCGAGCUGCGCAACCACAUCUUCAAAUGGGCCGCCAGCAACUCGCACCAGAAGAUCUUCCUCCUGCACCCCACCCACGCCCCUCCCAGCCUCGCAUCCAUAACCACCAACCUCGACGCCACCGCCCUCCAGCCCGCCAUGGACGAAGCCCGCGUCAUCAAAUCCGCCUACGAGAUCUCCCUCCUCCGCCGCGCAAACGCCAUCUCCUCCUCCGCCCACCGCCACGUCCUCGCUAGCCUGCACUCCGCAACCAACGAGACGCACCUCGAGGCCGUCUUCCUUCAAACCUGCAUCGCGAAGCACGCUAAGAAGCAAGCGUACGCCCCUAUCGUCGGUUCGGGCGAGAACGCAAGUACUCUCCAUUACGAGGCCAAUAACGAGGACCUCGCGGGCCGGGAACUCGUAUGCCUCGACGCGAGUUGUGAGUGGGAAUGCUACGCCGCGGAUAUCACGCGCACCUUUCCCAUUAGCGGGACGUUCAGCCCCGAGGCAGCGGCUAUCUACGAGAUUGUCACGGAGAUGCAGACGCGCUGUAUUGAGGCGCUGGAACCGGGUGUCAUCUUCCGCGACCUCCAUGAUCUGGCGAUGGAGAGCGGGAUUCGCGGACUGUUGCGCCUGGGGAUUUUGAAGAAUGGGACGUACGAGGAGAUCCGGGAAGCAGGGACUGGUCGCUUGUUCUUCCCGCAUGGACUGGGCCACCACCUCGGCCUGGAAACCCACGACGUCGAUGGCGCCCACCCCCUCCUCGUAGCCACCACCCCCUGCACCGCCUCUCUUUCCGUCCCCCCUCCGCCACCACCGCCGUACACGCACCGCCGCAAGCUCGAAGCGGGGAUGGUGGUCACCGUCGAGCCUGGGAUAUACAUCUCGCGGUAUGCCGUGUCAGUAUUCGGCGCAGACCCCAAGCACGCGAAGUUUCUUGACUUCGGGGUGAUAGAACGGUAUUAUAAGGUCGGUGGAGUGAGGAUCGAGGAUGAUCUGCUGGUUACAGAGGGAGGGUGUGAGAAUUUGACGACGGCGCCGAAGGGGGAGGAGAUGUGCGCCAUUAUUAGGAGGGGGAGGGGGGAGGGGGAGUGUGAUGGGAAUGAGGGGGUUUAUUAG